AUGGCGUCACGCGGCUCAAACACCCCCCCACUGUCGGAGAAGCCUACAGACGAGAUGAUCGAGGUCGCCGAUACGUCCUCCGACAAGGAGCGUGUCCUGGUGGACCAUCCCGACAUCACCCCGGAAGAGAACAAGGCAGUCCUCAAGAAGAUUGAUCGCAACCUCAUGCCUCUCGACAAGACGACCUUAACUUACACGUCCGUCAUGGGCAUCUUGGGCGACACCAAAAUGAAAGCGCUCGGAUACCUUAUCGGACAAUACCCUAUGUGCUGGCUUCAGCAGCGCCUGCCUUUGGCGAAGAUGACCGGCGUCAACAUCGUCGUCUGGGGAGCGAUCGUUGCUGUCACAGCUGCUUGCAACAAUUGGAGCGGCUUGAUGGCUUGUCGUUUCUUCUUGGGUGUCUUUGAGUCAUCCCUCUCGCCAGCUCUGAUUCUGUUCACUGCCCAGUGGUAUCGCAAGAAGGAACAGGGGGUUCGCACGGGCAUUUGGGCCUCGUUCGUUACCUGGGGCGGCAUCCUGGGAGCCCUCAUCGCCUACGGCUUGUUCAUGAGUUUCAUGAACCAUACGUUGCUCAUCGCUCCAUGGCGAGCUCUGUUCAUCAUUCUCGGCGCCAUCACCAUUCUGCUGGGAGUCAUAUUUUUCUUCAUUGUCCCCGACUCCCCGCAGGUAGCGCGGUUCCUGACCCCUCAAGAGCGAGAAGUCGCUCGCAUGCGCACUGCCGAAACCAUGCAAGCCCUUCACAUCAAGGACCACAAAUGGUACCAGGUUCGCGAGGCGUUCAGGGACCCGGCCGUCUGGAUCAUCACACUCAUCGCGGCGUUGAACGGAAUUCCGAACGGAGGCAUUACAAACUUCUACGCGAUCAUGGUGCUUAGCAUUGGCGUGCAAGUCCAGGAUGGCAUCCUGCUGUCCAUGCUGAACUGCUGGGUGGCUGUGGCGACGAUUAUCACUCUCUUCGUCGGCUCCAAGUUGAACUGCAGAACUCUUGCUGCAAUCCCGGCUCAUAUCGUCUCAAUGGUGGGAGGCAUUCUCGUCUGGCAGCUUCCAAGGAGCUUGGUGCGGGCUCGCCUUGCCGGCUUUUAUCUCACUCUGGUCUACGCUAUGGGGCAGACUGUCUGCAUGUCCCUUAUCUCGACAAAUGUCACAGGCCGCACCAAGAAGACGACUGUUGCGGCCAUGUUUUUCGUCAUGAAUUGUGUUGGCAACCUCGUGGGUCCGCAGACAUUCAGAGACAAGGACGCCCCAGGCUAUGCGCCGGCUCUGAUCACCCUCAUUGUCUGCAAUAUCCUGACCAUCAUCCUGUUGGUAGCUCUGUAUCUCUACUACGUUCGCCAAAACAAGAUCCGUAGCCAGAUCGAUGCCGCGCCGCCGCCCGGGGGACAUGAUCUCACAGACAAGGAGAACCUGGCCUUCCGAUACUCUCCUUAA